UGGCGCGAGGGGGGGGGAGGAGGAUACUUUGGUGGUGAUGAGGGAGUACAUGAUCAGACGACUCGAAGGCAUGAUGGGGGUGGUCGUUGGAGGAAGGGAGGGCGUCGUGGUAGGAUGGUCUCAAGAGGAACGGCUGAUCGAAUGGAAACAGACCCUCCCCAAUGGCUCUUUGGUAAAGAGUCUAAGAAAAGGAAGGACGUCCAGCGGGAAGAGCGGAAUGAGGUGCCUAGCGAGGAUGUGGGAGAGAAGAGGCAGUGUGGAAUGGACCCAAACCUGAGUCAGAAUCAGGUAACGGUGGAUAAGGAGGUCAUCGGUGAGACUUCAAGUCGCCAAGAAGGGGUAAAGGGGCAGCAGGUAAGUAGGGACGGGAUGCAUGGGAUUAGGGGGGAGAAGCCAGAGGGGACGGGGAAGGAUAGAGAGAUGGAUUCGGGAGUGAAGGAACGGGGGGGAAGGGACCUGAACAUAAGUAAGGAUCAGGACAUAGGUGAGACUUCACACAGCCAGGAGGGGCUGAAGGGGCAGCAGGGGUCAAAUGAGGGGUUGAAUAAUCAGGAUGAAGAAGGAUUGUUGUCACAAGCCAAGUCUAAGGAGAAGGAACGGGAGCGAUCCCGCUCCCCUAAAAAACGAGGGGUGACGGUGGAGGGGCGGGAGAGGAGUGGAGAGUCUAGGAGGAAGUGGGUCUCCCCUGAACGUAAGCGGUUUGACGAGAUGGUGGAGGAGGAAAUGAGGGAGAAAGGAAAGGGAAAGGGUGUACAGGAGGAGGCGGCAGCUGAUGAGAUGGUGGAGGAGGAAAUGAAGGAGAAAGGAAAGGUGGUGGAGAAAAUGGGGGAGAAAAGGGUAAAGCACGAUACCUCCGAUUCAGAAGAAAUGGUGCAGGAUUCUGAGGACAGGGAGGAUUCCCGAUGAUGGAAGAGGGGGGAAAUUCGACAGAUGGGGGAGAGGAGGAAAUGGAGGAUGAGGAGGGUAUCAGUACAACAGCACAGGGGUCGCUCAGCGCAAUACUGGCAACCGGAGACUGCCAUGUGUGACCGAUUAUGUUGUGGUGGACGGAGGGGGGAAUCAAAAUUGUAACUAGAG